AUGAAAAUUCACAAGAAAGCAGCUUUUAAUGAAAUAUUUGUAAAACAUGAUGCUCACAUCAAUCGAUAUAUUAAAAGGAUAAUAUAAUUAUUUGAAGAAGGGUAGAAAUCUAUUAUAAUUAAAGUAUUUAAACUGUUUUAAUUCAUGGAUUGAGUGCAAGUAUUGAAAAAUGUGUAAGAAUUGCUUUACAAAUAAUUGAUUAAUAUUGUGGAAUUACAUAUAAAAUAAAAACUAGCUCUCAAGAUAAUAAGUCUGGAAUUCACAUAGAAUUGAAAAAAUAAUUAUUAAUAUGAUGAGUGUUGC